AUGCAUCGUCAAAACUAUACAACAGUCGUCCUUGACUUGGGCGGAGUGCUCCUCAACUACACAUCCAAGAACACAGUCGGUCUGACCUCAACCCAAGUCAAGAGUGCUCUCGACUCGCCAUACUGGCAUGAAUACGAAAGGGGCAAAGUCUCCAGGCAAGAGGCCUAUGAAGAAGUCUCCCAAACCUUCAAGAUUGACUUGGAGACCUGGACAGAGGCCCUAGAACAGAUGAAAGACGGAAUGCAACCAAACAAAGCACUGAUACCUGCCAUCAAAGACUUGAAGACCGCUUAUCCAACAGUCAAAAUCUGCUGCCUGUCCAAUAUCCCAGGACCAGAACUUACUCUCCUCAAGGAUGAGAUUGAGGACUGGGGUAUCAUCGAUCAAUUCAUCGCUUCUUCCGAUUUGCAACGGAGAAAGCCAGAAAUGGGUAUCUACAGCGCCUUCUUGGAGAAGAUACAAGAAUCAGCAUCGAAUUGCAUCUUCAUUGACGACAAAGUCGGCAGCGUUGUCAAUGCGCAAUGCCUAGGAUUAAAAGGCAUCGUUUUUACCACUACAGAGGAGCUGAUAAGAGUUCUCCACAACAUGCUAGGGGAUCCCGCUGCUCGCGCAAAGACGUACUUGAACAAGAAUGCAAAGAAUCUUUUCUGCACGAUGAAUACAGGCAACCUUCAGCCGGAUAACUUCUCUCAGCUGCUCAUCUUGCAUCAUACAGGAGACCGAGACCUUAUCGUGCUGAAGAACGAGGGCGAUACUUGGAAUUACUUCCAUGGUAGUCCUACGUAUGAUGGCACAACAUACCCGGAUGAUCCCGACACGACGUGUUUGGCAAUGACCAUGAUAGAAGAUAUGUCUAUGGAACAAAAGGUCAAAGCGAGGGAUGUGAUAUUAUCAUACGUCAAUCAAGACGGUCUUCCGGAAGCAUGGUUUGAUAAGAACCGCCCGCGAUUCUGCCACUGCGUCUGCGCAAAUGUCUUUCGCUUCUUCACAAUCAACAGUUGGUCCGAUAAACUCCCCGGUGUCUACGAAUAUCUCUGUCGUGUACUAGAGACCAGGUCGUUUCUCCACGGCAGUCGUUAUUACAAGAUUCCAGAUUGGUUUCUAUACAUCCUCUCAGACCUCUGCGCCAGACGUCCAUCCGACUCAAACCUUCAGAGGAUGAGAGAUUUGCUUAUUGAAUGUGUACAGGAGCGCAUGGGAUGCAACGAGGAUGUUCUCGGUGCUGCAAUGAGAGCUUUGAGUGCGCAAUCUCUGGGUUUGAAGAAUAAUAGAGACCUUAAGGUUUUGUUGGAGAGUCAGCAGCUUGAUGGUGGAUGGGAGUUAGCAUGGUUGUGGAGUUACGCGACUAAGCCACUCAAGAUCGGGAGCCGAGGUGUUGUCACUGCUAUGGCCAUGGAUGCGAUUCAGCGGGCAUUGGUCUGA